CCCCCACUCAUGGCUCUGCUUCUUCUCCUCCUCCCCAGCCGCCGGAGUUAGCCGCCGGCGGAUCAACGGAGAAGAUGGGGCAUGGCCUGAGCUGCAGCCGCAACCCCACAGAGCUCGAGUUCUUCAUGGCCGUGCGAGCUGGGCACCUUGCGAAGGUGGAGUCUUCUCUGAGGAUUUAUCCGGACAUUCUCUACCAGACCACCAUCUAUGGCCGCCUCUCCGCCCUCCAUAUCGCUGCCGCCAAUGGCCGCCUUGAGGUUUUGUCUUUGCUUUUAAGUCGAUCUGUUCAUCCUGAUUUGCUUAAUCGGCAUAGGCAGACUCCAUUGAUGCUGGCAGCGAUGCAUGGGAAGAUAGCUUGUGUGCAAAAGUUACUUGAAGCUGGUGCCAAUAUUUUGAUGUUUGAUUCAUUGCUUGGAAGAACUUGCCUGCAUUAUGCUGCUUAUUUUGGGCAUUCGGAUUGUUUGCAAACAAUCAUCUCAGCUGCACAUUAUUCUCCUGUUGCUGGUUCUUGGGGAUUCGCUCGGUUUGUGAAUGUUAGAGAUGGUAAUGGGAUGACACCUUUGCAUCUUGCGGCAAGACAAAGGCGGCCUAAUUGUGUGCAUAUACUUUUAGAUAAUGGAGCUCUUGUUGGUGCACCGACGGGUGGAUACAGAUGGGCAGGAAGCACCCCGCUUCACUUGGCAGCCCGUGGGGGAUGCUUAGGUUGUGUGAGGGAAUUGCUUACUUGGGGAGCUGAUCGGCUUCAAAGAGACUCAUCAGGAAGAAUUCCAUAUGUAAUUGCAUUAAAAUGUAAGCAUGGGGAAUGUGCAGCUCUACUGAAUCCUUCAUCUGCAGAGCCUCUGGUUUGGCCAAAGCCGUUGAAAUUCAUUAGUGACCUCAGUCCAGAUACAAAGGUUCUUCUAGAGACGGCUCUGAUGGAGGCUAACUUAUUGAGGGAGAAGAAGAUUUUGAAAGGGACGAUGUUUUCCCUUCCAUCCCCUCCACAUUCGGAAGUCAAAGUUGAUGAUGAUACUGGUUCUGAGGCCAGUGACACCGAGCUUUGCUGCAUCUGUUUCGAACAAGCAUGCACAAUUGAGGUUCAAGAUUGCGGCCACCAAAUGUGUGCGCAUUGCACAUUGGCUCUCUGCUGCUACAAGAAGCCCAACACUGCAACCUUGCUUUCUUCAGCUCCAGUCUGCCCAUUCUGCCGAAGCGAAAUAGCCAGAUUGGAGGUGGCAAAGACCAAGACAGCAGAAGAGCUCGACAAGGACACCUCCUCGAAGCUAAGGCGGCCAAGGAGGUCUCGGAAUUUCUGUGAGGGAAGUAGCAGUUUCAAAUGUUUAUCUCCUCCUGUAAGCUCAUUCGGGAAGCUAAUCGGGCAUAAACCGGCUGAUAACAGUGAUUUACUAGACAAGAGUUAAUACAUGGAGCUUCAAAAAGACCCAUCAAACUUAUAUGGAUAGUUCAAGCCAAGCUUGUUCUGUUCUAUCAAAAGAUGUAAACAUGUAAGAGUGGAUGAACAAUCAAUUCAGUGAUUCAUUGUACGUUGGAAGGCCUUUAAGCAUUGGCCAUCAUGUGACUCUUCAUGUAUAAUUGAGCAUGGCUGUGGGGUUCCAUUGUUCAGCAGCCCUUUUAUUUGAUUCCUCUUGUCUCCUUUCCAAGCUUUGCCAUUGAGGUCCUUUGUGGUCUCAGUGCAUCAGUAGCUGAAAACAAUGGAUACAUUGGUUUAUGUUUUUUGAGAAA